AUGAACUCUUCCUCGCGCGCGCCUGCACCGCCGCCGUUGAAAAUCGGCACUGCACGGGCUGCCACAAGCCCAAUGUUCACGAGCCCUACCUCUGCCGGCAGCUCUGCUUCGAGGAGCUUUUCGGACGACGAGUACAUGGGCAUGCUAUCGUCGCCCUCCGGCAGUCGAAAGGCGUCGGGGAGCUCAAUGGGAUCGAGCUCCAGCAGGAAGGCCAAGUGCCCCCCCAAUGUCAAUGCCCACAGCUACUGCGGCAGGCACUCUGACCAGUAUCUCUUCGGGGGGCAUUCCCUCGGCGAUCUCUGGCGAUCCGUCACCAAGAAAGAGUGA